AUGAACAACUCUCCAGAUUCUUCCCAAGUAUUAUCUACUACUCAUACAAAGCUCUACUCAGCCUCUCACGCUCCUCAAAUACUUAAAAGUUCCUCAUACCACUCCCAAUUAUUAUCAGGAUCCAGACAUGCUUUGUCUCUUCAGUCAUCAGGAUCUAUCGUCUCAUUAGAAAAUUCGUCUAUUAAAAGUGACAACCCUGCAUGAGGGGAUUCUUCAGCACUUGCAGAAUCUUUAUCUCAGAAGAAAAAAGAGGCAGAUAUAAUUAGAAGGAAAUGCAUUGCGAUUGAAACUAAGCUGGAAAAUGGUAAUUCCUAGUCAGAGAAACAAAAAAUUAAAUUUUUGGAAGAGGAAAUUUCAGAAAUAAGCAAGAAAAGAAACGAAAAAAUUUCAGGUAAAAGAGAAAAUGAUCCAAGAAUAAGCGAAAUCAAUAAAGAGAGAGAAAAAAAGGACAAGGAAAUUGGAAAAUUAAAAGAGCUGAUUGAGAGAAUAGAGCAGGAAGAAGGGAAAGUUAAGGGAGAGAUACAAAAAUUGCAAGGCGAGUGAAACUAUUAUAAGGUGAAAAGUGGAGAAGAAAACAAAAAAUAUCAGUCAGAAAUUUACGAAAUAGAUCAAAUUUUAGGAAAAAAGAAAUUUUUUGAUGAAAAAGAAAUAGAAAAUAAUCAUAGGGUAAAGGAAGUAAAAGAUGAAAUGGAAAAGUUAACGAAGGAAGUAUAUGAAAUUAAAGAAAAAUUAGAAAAGAAAGAUGAAGAGGAAAAAGAGCUGCUGAAGUCUAUAGCGGAAAUGAAAAUGAAUAAUGAGAAUCUAAUCAAUAGAUUAAGAGAAAAAGAAAUAGAGCAGAAAAACAAAGAAAAAGAAACUCUAGAUGAAAAAACACUUCAAAGCAACGGUGAAAAUAGCACUAAUCAAGAAUUCGAUAUAAAUGAGAAAAGCAAUAAUGGCCUUAUUCCAGAAGAAAUCAUCUCUUUUCAUAUAGAAGAGAAGCAGGCACACUCAGAAAUUUUAGAAGAGCCAAACAGCUGGCAAAUAGAUUUCGAGCCUCCAAUGGAAAUCAAUAUAGAAAUUCCAGUCCAGAACAUUGAAGCAAAAGAAGAAGUUCAUAUAGAAAUAUUAAAUACAACCGCACAUGAAGCUAUCUCUAAGCAAAUCAUUGACAUUGAAUCGCAUAAACAGUCAGAAAUAGUACCAAAAACAAAUGGAAUCCAAAAAGAAAAUAUCCCUGAAACUAUUCCGACUUUUAAUGAAAAUAUAGAGCUUGUUCUUGAUGAAAAUGUUUGGGGAAUUGAUGAAGAUUUUCAAGCGGUCGUAGAAAUCAGUAAAAAGUCUGAAAUAUUGUCUCCAAUUCAAGGUAAUUUAGAAGAAAAAAUUGAAACAAAGCAAGAUUUUGUAGAGCUGAGCCCUAUUAUUAAUUCAUUUGAAAGCAAAGAUAUUGAAAAAGUAGAGACUCAUCAAAAACUCUUCUCUGAAAUCAUUGAAAUAAAUUCUCAAAAAUCUGCAGAAAUGAAAAUUGAAGAGCCUAUAAAAGUGGAAAAGAGCAAUGAACCUGAAAAAUCAGUUCAAGAAAUCUCAUUCCCAAAGGAGAAUAUUGAAAUAUACACAGAAAAAGUUGCAGAAUCAGAGAUAAAAGCUACUGAGACCUCAAAAGAGGAAAAUAAAAGUGAGCAUGAAAUACCAAAUUUGCAAAAAUCAAUUGAAGAGGUUCAUUCUAAACCCAAAGAGAUUAUCGAAACAGACACAGAAAAGACUACAGAAUCAGAGAUGAAAGCUAUUGAGACUACAAAAGAUGGAAAGAAAAGUGAAAUUAAAAUACCAAGCAGCCAAAAAUCAAUUGAAGAAGUAAAAGUUGAAACUUUAAAUCAUGAGCCAAACUCUCUGCCAAAGCCAAAACCUCUGUUCAAUAAGCCUAAAUUUGCAGCACCAGCUAGAAAAACUCUUACACAAAAGAAAAUCGCUGAUGUUAAUUUUGAUCCUGAUGAGUUCUUCCAAGAAAUGUCCAAAAAACCCCAGAAAUAA